CGUCACAUGUCCAGAGUGGCAGUAGCAACAAUUGAAUCAAGCAAAAUACAACCAUUAUUUGACAAUGUUUCGGAAUUAUUACGCGGAAUAGGGUAUGGAAGAUCAGAGGGACAGUUGGUAUAAACCAAACCUUCUGUAUAACAUCCAUUACAAACCAGCAAAUCCAGGGACACCACCAAAGAUGAAGAUAAUCACAAAGAAAUUCAAUCCAAGUUUCUGUACUUGUGGGGAGCAUGGGUGUGAACCACGUUAUAGAAUGGAAAGAGAAAUUGUAUGGUUAAAUAAUGAGCCAGAAAAUAAAGAAGAAGAAAUGCUAGACACAGGGAACCCUGGUGAUGAUAGCGUUGUAAAAAAUGAUGACACCGAUGCUGAUAAUGCCGAUGAUACAGUAAAUGAUGAUGCCGAUGAUGCAGUAAAUGAUGAUGCCGAUGAUGAUAAUGCCGAUGAUGCAGUAAAUGAUGAUGCCGAUGAUACGGUAAAUGAUGAUGCCGAUGAUGCAGUAAAUGAUGAUGCCGAUGAUGAUGAUGCCGAUGAUGCAGUAAAUGAUGAUGCCAAUGAUGAUGAUGCCGAUGAUGCAGUAAAUGAUGAUGCCGAUGAUGCAGUAAAUGAUGAUGCCGAUGAUGAUGAUGCCGAUGAUGCAGUAAAUGAUGAUGCCGAUGAUGCAGUAAAUGAUGAUGCCGAUGAUGCAGUAAAUGAUGAUGCCGAUGAUGAUGAUGCCGAUGAUGCAAUAAAUGAUGAUGCCGAUGAUGAUGAUGCCGAUGAUGCAGUAAAUGAUGAUGCCGAUGAUGCAGUAAAUGAUGAUGCCGAUGAUGUAGAUGAUGAUACCGAUGAUGAGAAUGCCGAUGAUGCAGUAAAUGAUGAUGAAACCGAUGAUGUAAAUGAUGACCAAGAUGAUGCUCAAGAUGAUGCCGAUCUUGUAGUAGAUGAUGAUUAUACCAAUGAUGUAAAUGAUGGCGUUUGCGUGGGAUAUAUUGACAACACCGACGACCUCGCAGAUUGUGGUGAGCCUGAACUCCUUGUAGCAGAUGUUGAAGUUACUUACGAUGACGAAGAUUUUGGAUCAUCCUUUGGAAUCAUGAGUGUGUACUGCGAUAGUGGAAUUCAUACAGCAUGGGCCGGGUAGAAAAAGGUUCAUGAUAACUAAACAGCGCCUGUCAUUUCUUUUUAAAAACUUUUAUGAUUGUAAUAAAUUUACAUUUUGUAAAAUAAAUUUUUGGUUUAAUCAUA